CUCGAGAUAAUAAUUCAAGAUGGAUAGAAAUAAAGAGAUUUUCUACGAAACUAUGGAAAAUCCUUUGUUAUCAAUUUUUGGAAAUCAUUUAUCUCGAACGAUCAUCGUUUCUUUUUUACGUAGUAAACGCUAUUUUAAACCGCAAUCGGUCAUCACUUAGCACGAUGACUUUUUUUGUCACUCCGAGCAAUGAAAAUGAUGCCGGGUUUAGCGACAUUCAAGUUUUCUCAAUUUGCUAUUCACCCAACAAUAUUAUUGACCUUUGUAUAGGAUACUUUUAUUUAUGAAAUUUUCACGGUACACUCAAGGUUACUAGAUUAUUCGGGGAAGGCAUUUACGAGAGACGGUAACAACUCAGUAAACAACUCAACUAUUCCCAACUUCAGAUAGAGCAUAACAAUUGCGUUCCGCGUAUAUACGUGUGUGUAUAUAUCCGUAUGUUUUGCUGUUGUGCCCUUCCCUCUUCGCCACAAAAGAUCGCGAGAAUUGAUAUAUUCAUAUAGACUCUGUGUUUCGCCACGACCAUAAGUUGUCUGUCAAAGUCGAUGGACGACCGUCCAUGAAAAUAAGUUCAUGCUGUUGUAUUUUCAAGGUAGUGAGUUUCGUAUGAAAACACUGGCGCCACAAGUGACAGGUGCAAUGAAGUUUUCUAGGGUCAUUAAAUUUUACAAAGAUGGUAUCCAUGUUAAUUCUUCAUGCGGAGGGUUAGUGACCUAUAUUCAGUGUGGACUAGGGUACAUCUCUGUGGCGCUCCCGUCGCGAGCAGUGAGAUGAGAACUCUCCCCCUGGCCAUUUUGGAAAAAGAGAUAUGUCGUAUCGGAGCACCGAGCGUCAACAGUAUUGUGUUUAUCGUUCGGUCAAUUUGACACAUCUCAAGCACGAAUAAAUAAAGCAAAUCACCAUAAUAUCACGAAGUAUCGUUUCGUUUUAGUGAACGCGAGUGACACGUGGCAAAACAACGUUUGAAGACUGGUGAAAAAAAUACCCAUUUAAACGCGCACAUACACACGACACUCUUAUCUACCUAAAUCGGCAGACACGUAUAACAAUUAGAAAAAAAAACAUCAAAAUCUUGGGUCCGUGAACGAUGAAUCGUACGGACGGUUUAGUGCAGAGAAGACGAGUGGUAAAUAGCAGUAGCAGUAGCAGUGGACUCGGCCAGGAUGGCAAUCACGAACAGCCCGGUCAGAAUGAACAGUCCUCCGGAAAUCAACAAGAGUCCGACAAUAAUUUACAAAAAGAUCUCAAUUCGAAUCCAACCAUUGAUGAGGAUUCUGACAAAGCGACAAGGCUCACACUUAUGGAAGAAGUCUUGCUUCUCGGUCUCAAAGAUAAAGAGGGUUAUACAUCGUUCUGGAAUGAUUGUAUAAGUUCUGGUUUGCGUGGUUGUAUACUAGCAGAAUUGGGUCUACGAGGACGAGUAGAGUUAGAAAAAGCUGGUAUGCGCAAAAGAGGAUUGUUGUCAAGGAAGCUUUUACUGAAAAAUGAUGCACCUACAGGCGAUGUUUUGCUGGAUGAAGCAAUCAAACGACUCAAAGAAUAUGAUCCACCAGAGCCAGUACAAAGUUGGAUAGAAUAUUUGAGCGGUGAAACGUGGAACCCUUUAAAAUUGCGGUACCAGUUGAAAAAUGUUAGAGAACGAUUAGCCAAGAAUCUUGUUGAAAAAGGUGUAUUGACAACAGAAAAACAAAACUUCCUUCUAUUCGAUAUGACAACGCAUCCACUUACUGACAACUUAGCCAAAACGCGUCUCGUCAAAAAGAUCCAGGAAGCCGUACUAUGUCGUUGGGUCAAUGACGCCAGUCGCAUGGACCGUCGCACUUUAGCGUUAGUAAUACUCGCACACGCUGCUGACGUUUUGGAAAACGCGUUCGCUCCAUUAUCCGAUGACGAUUAUGAAGUCGCGAUGAGACGCGUUCGGACUCUUUUGGAUCUUGACUUUGAAGCCGAGGCUGCAAAGCCUAAUGCGAAUCCCGUUUUAUGGGCGGUGUUCGCCGCAUUUACCAAGUAAAUUUUAUCAGCGCAAAGAACAACACUUUAGACGAAGUAUCAAAGAGAGAAAACAGAAAACGAAAAAAAGAAACACUCACGUACCCACACACACACACAGACACAUACAAGGUACGAAGUUUCGGUAACUUAAAAAAAUAUAGCGCGAAAAUUGAAACAAAUUCAUGAAAAUGUGGGAUCAUUUUUUCUUCCCGCUAAUUCAUCAGUUUCGAGCAUGAUUUCGUACUGUUGAGAUCGUUAAUCGGACGGAAAAUGAGUAAAAACCGUCAACGCUCGAGAUAUUAAUGAACAUGGUUCUUUUUUCACACUUUCAAUGUCCCUUCAAUUGGCAAACUUCCAUUAUUUCCAAAUUCGAAAAUAGAGAGAUCGAGAAAGAGAAAGAGAUGGGAGUAAAGGAAGAAAGAAGUAAUACGAUCAUCAGAGUGGUUCAUUUUCGUGUUUUUACUUUUAUUUUUCGCUAAUUAUAAAACCGUCCGUCGAGUUCGUAUUGAAAUUCGCGAAUGAAUUAAGUAUUUGAAGAAAGAACCGACAUUGCUCAUUAGUAUUUAAAAAAAUUCAAGAUCAGAAAAUAAUUUCAUGAUCGACUCUCUUGUGAUCUUUCAAUACUUCGUGAUGACGUUUCGGCAAAAUUUUCAUUUACAAGCGAAUUUUUUUCAAUAAAAAUAAAAUUGAACAAUCCAUAGCUUUGAAAAACAAAAAAAAUUAACCACUCUCGUGUGUUCAUCGGCAGUCUUCGAGGUGCAGACUACUUUCGGGGUGUCAUGUGAAAUGAACGGGGGUUUUGUUAGCUGCGAGUGAUAAAAAUCUUAGUGAACGAAAUAUAAAAUUGUCCAAUACUUUCGUUGUUGCGAAAUGAAACUCAACAAUCAGCCUAAACUUAUAUUCUGACUGAAACUGAACGAAAAUUUAUCGUAAUUAUUUUUUAUUUAUGAGACCGAGCGUAAAGACAUUGAGCUUAAUAUUGAACACUCUUUGGCACUGAAGCAUAUCCAGUUAACCAAAGAAUUUUUUGUAAGUUACAAAAGUAAAUGAGAGGAUAAAACACGACUUUCAUUCCGCUUCCGCUCUGUGGGAAUUUAUCGGUUCAUUCGUUAUCUUCAUUUACCACCACUUUUUAAAUAUUUUUAUUUUGAUUGUCUGCUUGUCAAUCAUUUCAUUCGUGCGGGACGGCGAAACUGUUCCGUUCAACUUCAAAAUUAUAUGCUUCAUACAACGGUCUUUUUUUCGUUUAAAAUAUUUUUUUUUAUUCCCGAAAAUAUCUAUAUACGUACUUUUCGGAAAAACGUUUGUCGUUGGUCGUAUCGAAUGACGGGAACGGUGCAUUAGGCGAGCCUGAAAAAUCAUUGGAUAAAAGCCAUUCAUAAAUUCGUACGAUGCUCGCUGGCCGAGCACAUUUCAUGGGUCGUUUUCCGCUCGUUUUUUUAUCGUUAGUGUCGAAAGUUCUUUCACCCUUCGAUUAAGGCAGCGCGAGAGAUUUUUAUUAUCCUAAAUAUGAACUACCAAUGAAGAUAAAAAAAAAAAACGAAAUUUCUUCGCAUCAUUUUAUGGUUGAUCGAUAAUACCUGAUAGAUUGAUUGUAGCGACGAUUUUCUCCUAUCGGUACACACCAAUUGAACCACAAAAACCACAUUUCUAUCAUUAAAAAUUCCCCCCCUGAAGUAUUUAUCAUCGUAACGAUAACGCACCGAUGAAAACGUUUGCAAAAACAUAGAAAAUCAUUGUCGAUUUUUCUCAUUUGUCACAAUCAAUCAAAAGUAUAUAAUUGAACAAUCAAACGUUCAAACUACCCAUUAAUGAAAAGACUCAAACUAGAUUAUUUAAAAUGAAAUUUUCUUGGGCAAACAGUUUGAAGAAAAAGAAAAAUUUUCAUUACAAAUUAUUGAAGUGGCCUAGAAAUUGGUAAAAGAACGUUCAUUAGUAUGGUUGAAAGAUGACAAGUUCAUUCAAUAUCGUUGAUGAGCCCAUUUUUGAGGAGUGAUUGCAAAAAUGAGCUUUGCAACAAGGUAUAUUGAAUGGAGAGAAGAUAAACGAAAAAAAACCAUAAUGCAUCAUGACACUUUGACGAGUCUGUACAUCAGUAAUCUUUUGUGUGAGAAUUUAAGUUGUGCUGACUUCUUUAAUUACAAUCCGAAUGACAGAGCCAAAUGUAAAAAAAGGAAAACAAUGCAUUAUUAGGGUAAAUGAAAAAAAACCGCCUCUUGGCCGUGUACCAAAACUGUUUAUAUCGAGGUUUAUAUACAAGCGUAUUCUGUUUGUACGGAGGUGUAUAUGUGCAUUUGAUGUGUGGGUGUGCGCGCGCGUGAAAAUGUGUGAUUAACGAGGAUUCAGGACAUCAAAGAUGAAAUCGCAUCUUCACUCGUAGCUCUGUGUGUACAUCUACAAGGUUGUUUACCGUUUGCCUUGUACAACGAGAGCGCAUUGUCGAAGCAAUAACGCUGUAGCACCUUCCUUUUUUUUUUCUUUUAUACUUUCACACUCUCUCAUUCAGAUUGAUCUUUGUUGCCAUUGUCCCAUGAUAAAUAUUCUUCUCAUAGAUUAUAAAAAAUGUUUUUAAAAAACACUUUGAAAUCAUUCCAUAAACGAGUUAUCUCGAGGAGAUAACUCGAUCGAUGCAAUUCGCAAUGUUCUGUUCGGUUUACAAACUUUUUCGACGCUUGGUACGUUGAUGAAAAUUUUUCCAUAUUUUCCCUCAAAAAUGAAAUUUAAACUUACGUCGUCCAUACAAAAGCUUCAAAUAGUUACCGACAGAAUCGAACUAAAUAUCGAUCUCUGUGGUAAUUCAAGCCUUCUCUUUACUUUGUCAGAUCAGUUGAGAAAUGGGCAAACGGUCAUCACAAUUUUUUUUCCGGCUCCCAGCAACGUGCGGCGGGCAACACACGCGUCUCGUUUUUCUUCAUUAUAUUUUUAUGAUCAACGUACCCUGUUUCUCGAAAAAAUUGACUGUUUUAUUGUCUUCACCAGUCGGUUUUAUUUAUAUGCAUAUUUGUAGCGAUAUUGUUUUUGACGAAAGAAAUAACAUCGACCCAGUCGUCGCAUUGUAUCACGAAAACUGUGAUUUCUUUCAGUUUUUCCUUCUUUCAUUCGCGAUAACUCACCUCAAAUUGAUGAUCCACCUCCUGAAAGUUUGACACUUCACUUCUGUCUGUGCAUUAAAAAGUGACGGACAAUGUGUAAUAGAAUGAGAAAAGCGCAUAAAUUUAUAAAAUUAUUGUAAAAAAGAAGAGGAAAAAAAAGAAACAGAAAAUCGAGAAAAAAGAAUAUCGUACACAGAAAGUAACGCCGAUUCGUGAGUUGGAACACUGCAGUCUUGUUCCAAACUUACGAUUCCUCGAACCCCUCACGAUACAUUCAAAUUUAAUGGCGAACUUAGCUGUUAUAUACAUAUAUAAAUAUUAACAUUAUUAUUAUUAUUUUGAGAUCGUGAUAAGAGAUGUGUAAGAUUGACUUUCGUUUCAAUGAUUAUUUCGCAUUAUUUCAUAUAAAUUAUGGUAGGUAAUUGUACAAAAAAUAACAAGAAACCUUUACAGAUCAGAUUGAAUAUUAUCAUGUAUUUACAAAUAUACUUAAUAUCAUUAUUAUUAGGUACUGUAUUAUUAUAAGUAUAAUAAAAAUGAUUAUUGUUCGGAAUA